AUGGCAUCUUUCGCCAAUCCCACGCAGAUCUUUGCGGACGAUGUCACCGAAGAGAAAGGCGAGAAUGCCCGUCUUUCUGCCUUCGUUGGUGCCAUCGCCGUUGGUGACCUUGUGAAGAGUACUCUGGGGCCGAAGGGAAUGGAUAAGAUUCUACAAUCAGCGUCGACCGGAGAAAUCCUCGUAACAAACGACGGGGCGACGAUCCUCAAAGGGAUCGCUCUCGAUAACGCUGCGGCCAAGGUGCUGGUGAAUAUCUCCAAAGUCCAGGACGACGAAGUCGGUGACGGCACGACAUCUGUCACGGUGUUGGCGGCAGAGCUGCUGCGUGAGGCGGAGAAGUUGGUGAGCCGCAAGAUCCAUCCUCAGACCAUCAUCGAGGGUUAUCGUAUAGCCAGCCGAGCCGCUCUGGAGGCCCUGGAGAAGGCUGCUGUCGACCGUAGUGCCGACCCGGAGGCCUUUCGCAAAGACCUCCACGCCAUUGCCCGAACCACCCUAAGCUCGAAGGUUCUGUCCCAGGACCGUGAACAUUUUGCCACCCUUGCCUGUGAUGCCGUGCUGCGUAUGAAAGGCUCGACCGACCUCAGCCACAUCCAGAUUAUUAAGAAGGCGGGUGGGAAGCUCAGCGACUCCUAUUUGGAUGAAGGCUUUAUCUUGGAUAAGAAGAUUGGCGUGAAUCAGCCGAAGCGCCUUGAAAAUGCCAAGAUUCUGGUGGCCAACACCGCUAUGGAUACAGAUAAGGUGAAGAUCUUCGGUGCUCGGGUGAAGGUUGAGUCGACGGGCAAGCUGGCGGAACUGGAGAAGGCAGAGCGUGAAAAGAUGAAGGCCAAGGUUGAGCGGAUCAAGGCCCAUGGAAUCAACUGCUUCGUGAACCGUCAGUUGAUCUACAACUGGCCGGAGCAACUGUUCACGGAGGCCGGCAUCAUGUCUAUCGAACACGCCGAUUUCGACGGAGUCGAGCGACUGGCCCUGGUCACCGGCGGUGAGAUAACCUCGACUUUCGACGACCCCGAACAGGUGAAGCUGGGCCAGUGUGAUGUCAUCGAGGAGGUCAUCGUGGGUGAAGACACCCUUAUUAAGUUCUCGGGCGUGGCUGCCGGUCAGGCAUGUACCAUCGUCCUGCGCGGUGCCACGGAGCAGCUUCUUGAUGAGGCCGAGCGCUCUCUCCAUGACGCCCUCGCCGUGCUCUCGCAGACUGUGAAAGACCCCCGCGUGACGCUGGGUGGCGGCUCUGCGGAGAUGGUUAUGUCCAAGGCCGUGGAGCAGGCCGCGCAGAACACCACGGGCAAGAAACAGCUGGCUGUCGAUUCGUUUUCGCAUGCCCUGAAGCAGUUGCCUACGAUUCUGGCUGACAAUGCUGGUUUGGACUCCAGUGACCUGGUGACGCGACUACGGCAGGCGAUCAACAACGGCAUGACUAGCUCCGGACUGGACCUGUCCCUGGGCGGCGGCAUUGCCGACAUGCGCGAGUUGGGCGUGGUGGAAAGCUACAAGCUGAAGAAGGCGGUGGUCUCUUCAGCGUCGGAAGCGGCAGAGCUUCUUCUGCGGGUCGAUAACAUCAUCCGGGCUGCUCCUCGCCGACGCGAGCGCAUGUGA